AUAUAUAUAAAGCAAUUCCAUGCAAAGCUAGCCAGCUAACUUGAGAGAGAGACAAGAGAUGUGUAAUUUGCGUGUUUUGUUGUUUGUUUUUGUUUUGCUAACUGUGCAUGCAUGUCAUGCACGUAACGUGCCAGGCAAUAAUGGGCUCAAUGGCUCCAAGAAGGAACAAAUUAUGGAAGCCAAUGCACCCAAGGCGGAAUCACCCAUGGGGAAUGGCAUUGAUGACAAGAAGCACUUUGUUUACGGUGGAGUUGGUGGGUUUGCUGGGGUGGGAGGCUAUGCUGGGGUAGCUGGUGGGCUGCCAUUGGUUGGUGGUCUUGGUGGGAUUGGAAAAUUUGGUGGGAUUGGUGGUGCAGCUGGAAUAGGUGGUUACAAAGGCAUUGGUGGUCUAGGGGGUUUAGGCGGUGGAAUUGGAGGUCUAGGUGGGUUAGGGGGUGGAACUGGUGGCGGAGGUGGAGGUCUAGGUGGUUUAGGGGGUGGAACCGGUGGCGGAGUUGGAGGUCUAGGCAGUGGGACCGGGGGCGGAGUUGGAGGUCUAGGUGGUGGUGGUUGUCCAGGUACAGGUGGUGUAGGCAGUGAAGGUGGAGGUCUAGGUGGUGGUGGUGGUUGUCCAGAUACCGGUGGUGUAGGCGGUGGAGCUGGAGGUAUAGGUGGUGGUGGCAGCGGCGGAGCUGGUGGUGGUGGUGGUUAUAGCGGAAUAGGUGGUAUAAGUAGGUUGGCAGGUGGGCAUGGACAUGGACAUGGACUUGGACUUGGCGGUACAACAAGGGGUGGGAAUUUGCCACCUCCUUAACAAUAACUUAGUAGAAUGUUUAAAUUUGUGGCUGCUUUGCUUUGAUUUUUAUUUACUUCGUGUUGCGUAAAUAAGAGGCAUGUAGGUUAAGUGUUUGACCUUUUGGGUGUCUGUGUAGGGUUGAUUGUGUUGUUGUGGUUGAAGACAACAUGCAUGGCAUGGGUGCAUGUUACUGCUGCUACCUGUUGCAGCGUUUUAUCCUAAGAUUCUUAAUGUUCUUUUUGUCAAUGAAAUGGCAGCCAAUAUUUCUCGAA